AGGGACUGUUACAGUGUUGGCGUGGACGGCGUUAUGUUUGAUCUUAAGCGCAUUAAUGUGCAACAAUUUGGAAACCGCAUGAGCGCGAUGGUUGCGACUUAAUAGGGUAAAAUGUACUUUUCCAUAAACGAGAAACUAUAAGGGAAUAUUCUUCCAGGAAGUAGGCUACAAAAUGCAUGCACCAACAUACAGAAUGAUGUCUUAUGGAUUUUGUUGUUAUUGACGGAUAUCUGUAAAGAAGACAACAGAGGAAAGCAGCGGAAAACGUGUUUUGAACGCCUUCGAGUCAGAAAUGUUUACAUUGUUGCGAAACAAACAAACGCGUCACUGAUCGCGGGCUUUCCGUGAUUGUGUUACUGCUCGUAUGAAGUUAAUAGUGCGUUAAACUGUUCUCACGUGUGCGAAUGCAGUGAGCGAUGGGAUGGGACAAUGUGCACAUAUAUUUGCUUAUACUUCUGCACAUGUGGAUGUGCUUUCAAGCGUCAUUAGUAGUGGAUGUAAACUGCUGGUGGAAUCAAUCUUUUCCUGUGGUGGAGAAUGUGGCUGUUGUGUGCAACACCAGUGCACAGGGAAGCACAGACCAUUGUGAACUCUGCCAGCUUUAUAUUAUCAUGCACAAACAGAGACAUCACUUACCCAAUGCCUGUGCCAACACGAUAAAAACUUUUCACAUACCUGUUGCAUCAGAACAUCUCAUAAAUAUUGACUGCAAGCUUGUGUGCCAGGACAAUAAAGAUGAACCUUGCCAUGUCACAGGAAGAGGAGGCUAUCCCCCAUUUCCCCCAUCCCAGCCCGACUGUUCUAUAGAAGACUUGGAGGAUGGAGACAUUCAUUGCUCUUGGAAAAGUUCCAAUGAGUCAAUGAUUCCAACUAUUUACAUCCUACACUGGCAAGAUUUUGAUGAGAAUAUUAACUCCAGAGAGAGUGAUAGUGAGAAUGGAGUCAUAAAACGAGCAGAGUAUAUGAAAAACACUGACAUUAGUGUGUGGGUCACUGCUAAAAACCUGCUGGGUUCUGCACAGUCUGAUGUGUCUGUCUUCAACACAGGAUAUAUCACACGGCCAUACGCCCCCUACAUUACUAACCACACCUCGCAGCCACUGGAGAUCUUUUGGGAGAUGGACUGUGAACUGUUGAGUUUCUCUGACGUUAAGUGUCAAGUGCAGUACCAUGUGCACGAUGACAUGCAUUUGACUGAGGUGGAUGAUUAUCAAGUUACGUUUCUGUUGGAGGAACCGCAGCCAUUCACAGAGUACAAGUUUCGUGUUCGCUGCCACUGUGGUGAGGAGGAAGUUAUGAGUCACUGGAGUACAGUGUAUUCAGUCAGAACUCCCCCUGCAGCACCAAUUGGGCAGCUGGAUGUUUGGACUGACUGUGCCCCUAAUUCAAACACAUCUUCCUGUAAUGUCUUCUGGAAGGAGAUGCCCCUGUCUCAGGCAAAAGGGGAAGUUCAUAACUAUGUAGUGACGCUUAAGCUCGAUAAUGGUAAGGAGAACAAGCUGGUUACCAAGCAACGGAGAGACACAGAUAGUCAGCAUCCCGAUGAAAAUGGCUGCCAUCAGCUCAGGCAUUUCCCACUGCAGCCGGGUGUUAUGGGAGUUUUUGUGUCAGCCAAUACUUCAAUGGGGAUGUCUGACCCCACGUUUAUGGCGUUUCCUGUCAUGGCACGUCAGAUGACACCAGAGGUGAAUCUGAGUGUAAUAGGAGAGAACCACCAGCUGUUUGUCACAUGGUCAGAACCUUCUCAGUUCUCUGAGAGCCUUCUGGAGUAUGUGGUCGAGCACGUGUCUGUAGAACUACCUCACACUCCCUGCCUGAACUGGGUCAAGGUAAACAGAACCCAGAGAUCUGUCACACUCACAGGUGAAUUUAGGAACUAUACAGCAUAUAAUGUAUCAUUGUUUGCCGUCAUCAACAACCACAGCACUUUCCUCAAGUCUGCAAUUGCAUACACACUUCAAGGAGUGCCCCCUGAAGUCCAACAGUUCCAUGUGAAGAACAUCUCUCACUCAUCUGUCACUCUGAUGUGGAGUCCCAUUCCUGUGCAUGAGAGUAAUGGUGUCAUUCUCCAGUACUCAGUGGGACUCAAUGAGACAGGAGCUAAUGUGAGCAGUGACAGAACCAGUGUGCAGCUGUUAGGUCUGCAGCCAGCUCAGCAGUACCAGGCCUGGGUCAGCGCUGUGACCUCCGCUGGUGAGGGAGUGAGAAGCAUCACCACUUUCUCCACCACUGAGGAACCUGGUUAUGUUACCCCAGUGCUGUUGGCUAUUAUCAUAGUCCUACCAUUGUUUGUCCUGGUAAUACUCCUUGCUUUUGUUUUACUGUUACGGUCACUUUCACCCACCUGGUGUUUUCCAAAGAUUCCAGACCCUUUAAACAGUGAAUUGUUUAAACAUGCAAACUUUCAGGAUUUGUGGCCUGGCCACUUGUCUACCUCUGAAUCAUCUCUAAAGAUCUCUGAGCUGGAGAUCGUAGAGAACCUUGUUCCCACUACACUUACCCAUGCCUCAGAGACUGAAUUAAUGGAUGAGGAGCCCCAUCAGAAGCAGAUAGAUGGAAUACAGAGUCUGGAGUCUGAGAAGUCAAAGAGUGGAAGCGUUUCAGAGUGUGGCGGUUGGACAAAGGACUACAGAGAAAUUGUUGACACUGAUGAGGAUGAGGAGGAGGAGGAGGAGGAGGAGGAGGAGGGUGGUAGUGAUGGUAAAGAAGAGGAUGAGGACUGGGUUGAGCAAAACUGUGUCUCGGACUAUGAGAGGCAUUUUAUGCCAUCUGUUGAGGCAAUUUAACACUGACUUGUCUGAGCUGUACUGUAUUUACUCUUUUAAUAUCCAGGUUCCCAUGGUCAUGGAAAUAUCAGGGAAUUUUAAAAACAGAUUUCCAAGCCUGGUAAAGUCAUGGAAAUUAGAUGAAUCUCAAAAUGUCAUGGAAAGUUCUCUAGUAAAUAUGCAGUUUUCUAAUUAUGCUCUACUCUACAAUAUUUCAUUGGUUGGAAAUUGUUCUUUAUGAGUGAUUUAUAGAAGUAAUUAAAAAAAAUUUUUUUUUGAAAAGUCAUGGAAACAUUGUGGAAAUUAAAUGGUCAAAAAGUGUGGGAAUUCUGAAAUAUGAAAACAAUAGUGAAAAGUCACACGUUCUUUAAUUGCCAAAUUUAUGUAGGUCUUAAUUGUAGAACUAUGGACAUCAUUUCAAGUUUACAAUCUUCCAAAAUACUAAAUUAGUUCCAAUGUACAACUAACAAUAGAAAUAAAUAACAAAUUAAACUACUACAGACAGACACACAAUUUACUUGUACACAAACCAAGGACUGUAAAAUAUAUAGUUUUUUUACUAUAUAUAUAAUAAAAAUGUUCCACAUAUUUUUAAAAUAAUUUGUAGCAUUACAGAUUCUUUUCAGAAACAUUGUCUUGUGAAAUGUGUAUAUAUAUAUUGGGUUGGAACAGUCAGGAAUGCUGAGAGGAUUAUUGGUGACCUCCUGCCCACCCUCCAAGACCUGUAUGUCUCUAGAAUGAGGAGAUGUGCAGGUAGAAUCACUCUGGACCCCACACACCCUGCCCACUCCCUCUUUGAAUUGUUGCCCUCUGGCUGGCGCUACAGAGGACUGAGCACCAGGACAUCCAGGCACGACAACAGUUUUUACCCUCAGGCCAUUUUCCUCAUGAACAAUUAAAGUGCCUCAGGACUCCCAUAGUGCAUUAUUGUAAAUGCAUAUCUUAUGUACAUUUGUAAAUUCACAUAUUUAAUUCAUUAACUGUACAUACCCCUACCUUGCACAUACAUUAACACUUGCACAUGUACAGCCGUGGCCAAAAGUAUUGGCAGUGACAUUUUGUUUCUCGCAAAGUUUUCUGCUUCAGUUGUUGUGUUGAGUCACAUUGUUUCUAGAUUAUUGUGCAGAGUGAUCAGAUGCAUUUUAAAUAAUUACAAAAAGCUUAAUUCAACUUUAUCACAAAAACCCAACAUUUCACUGUUUUUUUGGCCCUGGCACAAAAUGACCAGCUAACAUCAUUUCACUAAUCAUAGCAGCACCUGGGAAAGUGUGAACGAGUACUAGUCAGGUGAAAUCACUCUAUCAUUCUGAGUGGAUUAUAAGAGCAGACUGAUUGCUAUAAAAGGAGGGAAGAAGUGCUUUCAAUCAUUGUUUUCUUGUUCGCAAUGGUUACCUCUAAAGAUAGACGUGCAGCCAUCAUCGCUUUGCAUCAAAAAGGCCUCACAUGCAAGGAAAUUGCUGCAAAGAAUAUUGCACCUGUAAGAACCAUUUACCGGAUCAUCUAGAACUUCAAGGAGAGAGGUUCAACUGCAGUGAAGAAUGCUUCAGGACGUCCCAGAGUGUCCAGCAGACGCCAGGACCGUCUCCUCCUGAGGAAUCAGCUACGGAAUCGUGUCACCACCAGUGCAGAGCUCAAUAUUGGCAGUAUGUUGGUGUGAGUGCAUGUGCACACACAGUGAGGCGAAGGCUUUUGGACAAUGGCCUGGUGUCAAGAAGGGCAGCAAAGAAGCCACUUCUCUCCAUCAAAACAUCAAGGACAGACUGAAAUUCUGCAGGAAGUACAAGGAUUGGACAGCAGCAGAUUGGUGCAAAGUUAUUUUUCUCUGAUGAAGCCCCCUUCUGACUGUUUGGGACAUCUGGAAAAUCGAUAGUCUGGAGAAAAAAAGGUGAAUGCUAUCAUGAGUCCUGUGUCGUGCCAACAGUGAAGCUUCCUGAGACCAUCCAUGUGUGCGGUUGCUUUUCAUCCAAGGGAGUGGGCUCUCUCACAAUUCUGCCCAAAAACACUGCCAUGAAUAACGAAUGGUAUCAAAACAUCCUGCAAGAGCAACUUCUCUCAUUUACAUUUAUACAUUUGACAGAUGCUUUUGUCCAAAGCAACUUACAGUGCACUUAUUACAGGGACAAUCCCCCCGGAGCAACCUGGAGUUAAGUGCCUUGCUCAAGGACACAAUGGUGGUGACUGUGGUGAUCGAACCAGUUAUGUGCUUUAGCCCACUACACCACCACCACUCCACUCUCUCAACGAUCCAGGAGCAAUUUGGUGAUGAUCCUCAAAAGGCGAGUGGAUAAGGAGAAGCCCAAAAAUUGUGAUCAACUCCGAGCACUAAUAAGGCAAGAAUGGAUCGCCAUCAGUCAGGAUUUGGUCCAGAAUCUGAUAUCCAGCAUGCCAGAGCGAAUUGCAGAGGUUAUGAAGAACAAGGGUCAACACUGUAAAUAUUGACUCUUUGCAUAAAUUGAAUGUUUUUGCAAAUAAAAGCCUUUCAAACGUAUGAAAUGCGUAUCAUUGUUUUCCAGUAUACCACAAAUACUGAAUCAGCAAACUUUGCAAAACACAAUUUAUGUCACUGCCAAUACUUUUGGCCGCGGCUGUACAUACACCAUUAUGUUAUAUGUCCUAUUAUUUGUAUGUGUGUUUAUACUCUUACCUUGUUUUAUGUUCUGUGUGCACUUGUUUCUCCUAUCACCAAAAAAAAA